CAAAACCAGUAGGAGGCAGUAGUGCGCCUAAAUAGCUGUAAACCGUCGUGAAAAGUAGAAGAAGAAGAAGAAGAAGGAAGCAUGGUUCUGAAUCACAGUAUGGCGGUGCCAGAGUUACUGAGUAAAGCAGAGUUAAUGAAACAGGGAGCAGAAGCGCGUGUGUACCGGGUACAGUUUCUCGGGAAACCGGCCAUAGUGAAGGAAAGGUUUCCGAAACGAUAUAGACACCCGGUGCUGGACGAGAAGCUGACGCACCGCAGGGCGGUGCAGGAGGUUCGCUCCAUUCUGCGCUGCCGCAGAGCAGGCAUAUCUGCCCCUGUCGUCUACUUUGUGGACUACACCUCCAACUGUAUUUUCAUGGAGGAAAUUCUGGGUUCAUCGACUGUGCGUGACUACAUCACCUCCACUCAGCAGUCGGAUUCCUGUCAGGAACAGAAGCUGGAGCAGCUCGCUCAGCGGGUCGGCCAGGUUCUGGCCAAAAUGCACGAUGAGGACGUCAUCCACGGAGACCUGACCACCUCCAACCUGCUGUUGAGACAUGGUCAGGAGGACAAAGUGUCUGACCUUGUCCUCAUUGACUUUGGCUUGAGUUACAUCUCUGCUCUGCCAGAAGAUAAGGGGGUGGACUUGUACGUUUUGGAGAAGGCUUUCCUCAGUACCCAUCCCAACACAGAGGCUCUGUUCCAGAAGCUGCUGAAGAGCUACACCGUCUCAUCCAAGAAGUCGUCAGCAGUCAUCAAAAAGCUUGAUGAGGUUCGGUUAAGAGGGAGGAAGAGGUCCAUGGUGGGAUGAUGAUCCAACAUCCUAAAAUCUAAAUAUGUAUUUGUGCAUAUUUAGAUCAAAAGGUGGUUUUAUGUGCAGUUAUUACAAAAAAAUAAAUGUUUUGUCAUAAAGCUUUUGCUUCUCAUGAUGGACUGUAAUGAGGGUGGCACUUUUCAUGACUUUCACUGACUAUAUCUCAAAAAGUGCACCAGGAAUGUAUUACUGAUUUCUAACAGUCGAGUCAAACUUCAAACUAUUACUUUAAUAGUCCAGUGUGUAACAUUUGAUUUCCUGGCAGAAAUUAAUUUUACUUCUCAUAAGUAUGUCUCCAAGUGUAUAUAAUAGUGUUAAAAUAAAAAUUGGUUUUCGUACAAUAAGUCUUGUGCUUUUAGUAAUGCUUUUUUUUUUUUUAAUGGCAGUGCUUUUGGAAGAGGAAUCUUACUAUGCUAACAAAGAAUUUCUGUUAGGUAAAGGCAACUGUAGUUUCCCUAAAACGUUUGGGAAAGGGAGCGCUGACCAGAGGAAUCCUCCAUUUGUUACAAUCUGUAGUCGCACCCUUAGAUGUCACUAAAAAUUGCUCUUGAAUUAUACAUGUUUAUACAAACUUGGUGUUUCUUCAGGUUUCUGCCUUAACCUUUAAUCAAAUCUAUUUGCUUAUGUAGUAAUAAAAUAGCUUUUUUGUGUUUGUA